ACCCCCACCAAACAGUAUUCCCCUUCUCGAUUUCGAAUCACUUUCAUGUCGUCGCAACAGGACAACAACACUCAGCAGCAAAUGGAAUCCCCUAGAGUUCCUCGACGAACACCAAUGGCUUGUCAAUUUUGUCGAGGUCGUAAGUUGAAAUGCGAUGGAAAUCGUCCAUCUUGCGCAAACUGCAAUCGUCGGGGCUAUCCUUGCGUAUAUACACCUGUUUCCGCUGAGCAGAAAUGAAACAAUACAAGCCUCACUGGCCACAUAGAACUCAUAUCAGUAUAAGAUUGUACCUUCUCUUGGCCCCCGUACAGCGUACAAUCCGAAUUUUGAACUGUAGUCAUCUUGUACUUGUUAAAUUAUCCUUGUUGCCUUGCAUCCGAAGUUGAAUCAGUUUUUGACUUCUUGAUUGAUAUAAUCGGAAAGGAAUUGUCAUAACUGGCGACUCCAAAACUUGAGAUAUUGGAGUCAUUGGUAUGAACGAUGCUCGAAUAAUCGUCCAUCCUUUGAACUCUUUUCGAGGAAUUAGAGUGUUUCUGAAUGCUGGUUUCUGAAUGCUGGUCA